AUGGGACAGGAAAACAGAACAAGCAUCUCUGAAUUUAUUCUCUUGGGACUAUCUGAACAGCCAGAUCAGCAGAGAUUGCUAUUUGGGCUAUUCCUACUCAUGUACCUGAUCACUGUGGUGGGGAACCUUCUCAUCAUACUAGCCAUUGGCUCUGACUCCCACCUCCAAAGCCCCAUGUAUUUCUUCUUAGCCAACCUGUCCUUUGCAGACAUCUGUUUCACAUCAGCUUCCAUUCCCAAGAUGCUGGUGAAUAUUGAGACCCAACAUCAGACCAUUUCCUAUGUUGGAUGCAUCACCCAACUCUAUUUCCUUCUUGUAUUUGGGUGUUUGGACAACCUUCUCCUUGCUGCAAUGGCAUAUGACCGCUAUGUGGCCAUCUGCCGUCCCCUUCACUAUACUACAGUCAUGAGCCCCCAGCACUGUGUGCUAAUGUUGAGUGUGUGCUGGGCUCUAACUAAUAUUCCUGCACUGACACAUAGCAUUCUUUUGGCCCGCCUGGACUUCUGUACCCACCAUGCCAUUCCCCACUUCUACUGUGAUAUUAGUCCCCUGCUAAAGUUAGCAUGCUCAGAUACCCACUUAAAUGAACUGAUGGUAAUCAUCAUGGGAGCAAUAUUUCUCACUAUUCCCCUUGCCCUCAUUGUCCUCUCCUAUGCCCACAUCACUUCUGCUAUCCUUGGUUUCUCUUCUCCUGAAGGGAGAUGGAAGGCCUUCUCCACCUGUGGGUCCCACCUCACUGUAGUCUUACUCUUCUAUGGUUCCCUAAUGGGUGUGUAUUUAUUUCCUUCAUCAAGCUACUCUGUCCAAAGAGAAAGUGCAGCUGCUGUCCUCUACAUGGUGGUGACCCCCAUGAUGAACCCAUUCAUCUAUAGCCUUAGGAACAGAGAUAUGAAAGGGGCACUGGGGAGGCUCCUUGGGAAUGGGAAAACUCUCUCCUCUCCAUAA